AUGUUUCGUGAUGUUCCUCCCUCGAGUAAAAUUCUAGAGGGUUAUCGUGCUCUAACUCCUUCAGAUCCUCGUCCAUUGUCUAACAAGAGUGAAGGAGAAGAUUUUGACUACGAAACUGAGUCGGACAUUCGUAUUGAGCAAGAUCCACCGGUUCGCAAUAAAGAGGAUGAGCCCAUUCGCACUGAGGAACACGAAUCAGUUGACAUCGAGCAAGUAGAACAGAUUCACAAUGAUCCACCUGUUCGCACUGAGGCUACAUCUUCGAUUCAUGAGGUAACUCCAACACUUAAUGAUUAUGUUCCUUCUCCACCUCCCUCACCAAAAUCAACUGCUUCUAUCCCAAUUACCAUCGCACCUAUGCCACCACCAGUAUCAUCUCAACCAUCCACAAUUGAUCCAGUCACAAUCCCUAUUUUCAUCGAAUCCACCAUAUCGCACCACACCUCAGCUACACCUAUAAGUUCUGUCAACGUAUCUGAUAUGGGGGCUCACACUUCAGGUUUUUCAACCCAUGUUACACCACCCAUUUCUCCCAUUCGCACUGAUGACUCUAAAAUGAUUUUCGGAGAUGAUGGAGAUGAUGAUUUGGACAGAUUCGCUUACAAUUAUUUUCAAAUACGGAUUGAUAAUGAAGAUGAACUCUCCACUAUGAAAGGGGAACUCAAAUCUCUUCAUGAGAAGAUUGAUCAACUACUUCUCGCAUCCAAAGUCUCCACCUCUCAAGCUUAUUCCAAAACUGUUGUUGAAUUAAUCCUUGAGUGA